AUGAAUUCUCACGAGAGAAAGGUCGGGGUGUGAUUGGAUUGCGAUUAUAUUUUCAGAAAGCAAGAAAUUAGGGUUCCUCCCAUCAGAUUAGAUGAAUCAACAGUCGAAGAAGAAGAAUUUCCGGAAAAGGAAUUAUAGUGAUACAGAAGAUGGGGGAGAUGGGGCAAACUCCGUUAGUACCAGAUCGGAGGAGGAAGAAGAAGAGCACAGGAUGGCAUUGGAGGAGGUAAAAUUCUUACAGAAACAGAGGGAGAGGAGGGCCGGAAUUCCUGCAGUUCCCGCGGUGACGAUGCAGACCAGCAACGCCGGUGCCGGCGCCGGCGCCGGCGCCGGCGGAGGUCUUGUUAGGAAAACCACGGACACUAACAAUAAAGCUGGUGGCGGCGGGGGCAACAAAAAUGAAAGCGGUGGAGGCGAGGGCGACAAGGAUGAUUUGGUCCUUCAGGAUACUUUCGCUCAGGAAACUGCUGUCAUGGUUGAAGAUCCAAAUAUGUUGAUGUAUAUCGAACAAGAACUGGCGAAGAAAAGGGGAAGGACUGUAGAGGCUGUAGAAGGAGCUGAGAAUGACUUAAAACAGGCAGAAGACGAACUAUACAAAAUCCCAGAGCAUCUUAAAGUGAAAAGACGAAAUUCUAAUGAAAGUUCCACUCAGUGGACUACAGGGAUCGCAGAGGUUCAGCUUCCAAUUGAAUUUAAGUUGAAGAACAUUGAGGAAACUGAGGCUGCAAAAAAGCUUUUGCAGGAAAAGAGAUUUGUGGGUCGGUCAAAAUCAGAGUUUAGCAUCCCGUCAAGUUAUAGUGCUGAUUACUUCCACCGUGGCAGGGAUUAUGCUGAAAAACUUAGAAGAGAUCAUCCUGAGCUAUACAAGGAUAGAAGUUUGCAAGAUGAUGGUUCCGGCUCCAAACCAACUGAUACUGGCACAGAGGCUGCAGGACAAAGGCAGGCCGCCACAGAUGAAUUCAUGCUAGAACGCUUCCGGAAACGGGAACGUCAUCGUGUGAUGCGGAGAUAACACACUUCUCAGACUGCUGUUUCUCCACAAUUGGAAGAAACGUACUUGAUCGAUAAAAGUAGUAUCAAGGAUAUAAAGAUUUCUGUCCUACAAACAUCCAUUCACGACACAAGUCGGUCAUCUCAGGUCCUCAGGUUGUAGAGGAAAUGAAAUUCAUUCUUAGUUCAUAGUUGUAAAGUCGGCUGCCUUAAUUAUGAUUCGAAGAGACUUCUGGCCUAGCCAUUUGAGUUUAGACGGAGACUAACCCUUUACUGCUACUUUUUCAGCCUUCGUCAAGUGCAGAGCUAGACCGAGAGUGCAAGGUAAAAGAAAAAAGAAUCAUCCUUUUAUGGAGACAUUGAGAUUGCGAAUAUCUAUGUAGGAAGAUUAUAGACAAUAUGUUUUUAGAUAAUGUCUUAGCUAAUUAAUUUCAGUUUUAUUAUCUUACUCUAUACUAUUGUCUUCUGUUCAUAUUGUGAGCUACAAAAGUAUGAGACAAGAAAUAAGGGUAGCUUGGGCAUAUAUUUUUCAGAAUAUUACACCACAACUAGAGAGGCAGAGAUUCGAACCUAGAUGCGAAAGCAUAUAAUUUUUCGUGGGAUUACUUUGUUCAUUGUUACUACUGCACCAUCAAUUGGGCAGGAGCUUUAGGUUGGUUUUUGAGCCAUAAAUGGUAAUUAGAGUUAAUUUGAAGUGGAA